CCCUGAAUCACGUGCCACUGUCUCAACUACGUUCCAAUGAUUUUUUUACCUUUAAAUCCCUGAAGGAAAAUAACACGGAGCAUGCUUUAGCAUUACUAUCACGCUAUCCCACAGCCGCAAAACAGACAAAUAGUUCAUUAAUUUUCUCAAUCAAAGUAUGAGGGCUUGAAGUUUGAAGUAUGAUAGGCGCACUUAGUAAAGCGUGCGUUUCAUCAUGUCGUGAUGUGUUAGUCAAGGGUUAAACCCAAUGUAUAUUAUGAUCUUAUGAGGGUAAAUGUAGUGGUUUUUUCUGCCAAAAUAAUACAUAGUCUGAAAUCAUGAUGGUGCACAUUACCUAAGCAACAAUAGGGAAGUGACAUUCACUACAGAUCCUCAUUGUGGAUUUUAAGCUGAAAUCGACGAAAGUGUCACUUGUUUUGUUUGACGUUGGUAAAUAGUUAGGCUCAUUAUAACUUUUUUUGAUACUUCUAAGCUGCCAGCUUUGUUUUUUGGAUAUUUUGAGAUUUUGGUAAAUAUCCUUCAUAUAUGUGAAUUUUGAGUAUUUUCAGCAAGCUUUUCCAAAAAUUUAUCAAAACGUUUUCUGGGAUGUAUGUUUUAUUCACGCUGUACGGUGGGAAGCCGCUAACGUCUUGAAAUCCGUGUACGUAUUUUCUAUGUUUGUUGACUUUAUCAACCAUCCCUAACUGCUCUCCACUUUUUCAUCUUAUUUUCAGAUUUGACAAUACUGUAUGUUGUUAUGUCAACCAAUCAACUUUCAAUUUGUUGAAAAACGUGCUGAAAAAUCUUAUAAAUCAAACCGAUAUCAGUCAUAAAAUACAAGCAGACCAUACUUUAUGCCUGUCAAAUACUGAAGUCUUCUGUUCUUUCUCAAAGUCAUAUGGUUAAUCACUCUAACAGUCAUUUCAAUAUGUUAACGAGCACUUUAAGCUGCGCAAAAGCUCACUGUUUAAUAUUAGUAUUAUUUCUCCUGACUUGUUUUAAACAUCUAUUCGAAUCCAGUCUAUUUCUAGUGUAGUUGUCCAAUGACGUUUGUAAUUUCAUUGAGGCAAAUGAUUUAUCAAUUUUAACAGUUGGUCAUCAGUUAAUUCUAAAUUAGUCACGGCCUAAUUUUUUCUGCAAUAAAUUCUGAAUGUUUACUCUGAUUGUAUUAUUUUAUUUAUAUUUACUUGAAGGUAUACCAUAUGGUGUUCAGUCACGAUUUCUACCUCUUAUAUUUCGCAAUAAAGGUCUUUCACUUACUUCAUUAGGUCUACAUAAACUUCUUCAUGUACCUUGGCUACUUAAAAGCUUUUAUGCUCCGGUAAUUGACAGACAUGUGAACAAAAGAGUGUGGUUAUUUAUCACUUUCAGUGGUUUGUUUUUUUGUACAGUCUUAUUAUUACACGAAUGUGAACAGUUGGUCAGUGGAAACAAUUAUUUCAUGUUCACUAUUUCUUCUUGUCUUUUUAUGUAUAAUUUUUGGGCAGCUUCACAAGACAUUACUGUUGAUUCACUGACCUUGUCCACCUUAACAUCAAGUCAAAUCUCUUUAGGGAAUACUAUACAAGUUGUUGGCUACAAAUGUGGAGCUAUUAUUGGCGGUGGAUUUCUUGCUUGGUUAUCAGCUUUUGUAGAAAUCAGUUAUCUUUUCAUAUCACUUAGUUGCUUAUAUGCUAGUGGGAUGUGCUUUUGUUUGAUCGGAAAGUAUUGGAAAUUUUGUAAUGUAAAACAAUUUCACGAAAAAACGUAUAUUCAAGUAAAUGAGAAUGAGAAUUCAGACGAUGAACAAAAUUUAACUAUUGUGUCAAAACAAUAUUCGUACACAAAAGCCUUCAAAAUUGCCCUGGGUCAUUCAGGUGGUUCACGUUGUCUUAUUGUUCUUCUAUUGAUUUAUAAACUUGGAGAGCAAGGAUCUAUGAAUAUGCUACCUUUGAUGCUUUUAGAUAGAGGAUUUUCUCUAUCUAAAGUUGGAUUUUGGACAGGUGUUGUUGGACAGUUGGCAUCUAUAAUUGGGUCUACAUCUGGAUACUAUAUCCAGAAAAAGCUCAGAUCUCCACUAACUUCAGUUCUAAGCCUGAUGAUAAUUAGGGCUUGUCUACAAUUCCCUCUAACAAUGAUUGCUUUCAAAUCUACUUGGAUAAGUGCACCUAACGUUUCUUUCUGGAUAGGUUGUUCAUUAAUGAAUAUUUUACUAGUUGUGAGUGGAGGGAUUACAACAAUUAUGUUCACGUUGAUGAUGCAUUGUACAUGUUCUGAAUCAUCUAAAGCCUAUCAAGCAACUCAUUAUUCUAUAUUAAGUACAGCAGAAUUAUUGGGAAAACUUUUAUUUGGUACAAUAGCUGCAUAUUUUACAGAUGUAUUUGGAUAUGGAGUUGCUUAUUCGUGCUUUUUAAUUUUAUCUAUACUUCCAAUUCUAUAUGUUUACAAAUGUUCUGGGAAAUUUCGAUUUUUUCCCUAAAUGGUUAUUUAACUAGAUCUAGUUUACUUGUUAAUCACAAAAGAUUAGGACAAUCUUAAAUUGUUGAUUUAUGUAGAGAAAAGAAAUUAGAUCAUUCAAAAUAAACUAAAGAAAAAACAACAACUCUAGUUGAAAGUCUUGUUAAGUUCAUACUGCUCAUUGUAAGAACAGUCUUUAUUUUACUAAGAGGAAAAUCCAUGCAAAAUUAUAAAUAGCUCAAUUAGUUGAAUUGAAUGGGAAAAAACCAAUCAUCAUUUAUCCCAUAGUUUAUCUACUUACCUCUGGUUGUACUUGUGUUGUUAUUUUUUUAUUUAUUUAUUGAAUAACUUCAUUACUUUAUUUUUUUGUUAAUGUUUGCCUUACAUUAAAACUGUCAUUGAACCUUUAUUUCCUUAAAGAAAGCUUGAACCAGAUUACCAGGCAUAACGUUGGAUCUACUUCAAAUUCUUUCACUGAAAUUCUACAAAUACAACAUUCUUCCUCUUUAAUGUCAUUGAUCUAUUUUAUAAUCUAUGCGAUAUAUGUAUUCGUUUGUACUUGGUUGUUGAUUUCUUAUCAAUAAAGUAUGAGUUUAAGCGAA